UGCACACGUCAUCUAAAGUGCGCCCCCUCUGUCGUCGCUUUUCCUGAUGUGAUAUGUUAAAGAUACGCUGGCACAAAUCAACUGUUUAUUAGGUUAAUAAAUACACCGCUACCGAAAUAAUAAUUGGACCAUCAAAAUGGUACUUAUUGCGGCUGCUGUAACCACAAAAACCGGGAAAACUAUUAUUUCCCGGCAAUUUGUGGAGAUGACAAAAGCCAGAAUAGAAGGUCUUUUAGCAGCUUUUCCAAAAUUAAUGAGUACUGGAAAACAGCACACUUUUGUAGAAACUGAAUCAGUUAGAUAUGUCUAUCAACCUUUGGAAAAAUUGUACAUGCUUUUAAUCACAACUAAAGCGAGUAAUAUUUUAGAGGAUUUAGAAACUCUUAGAUUGUUUGCUCGAGUUAUUCCAGAGUACUGUAAGUCUAUGGAAGAAUCUGAAAUAGCUGACAAUGCAUUCAACUUAAUAUUUGCCUUUGACGAAAUAGUUGCUCUUGGUUAUCGAGAAAGUGUAAAUCUUGCACAAAUUAGGACCUUUGUAGAGAUGGAUUCUCACGAAGAAAGAGUGUAUCAAGCUGUAAGGUUUACACAAGAACGUGAAGCUAAAAAUAAGAUGAGGGAGAAAGCAAAGGAAUUACAAAGGCAAAGAAUGGAGGCUAAUAAAAAGGGUGGUAUCAAAAGUCCUGGCUUUGGAGGAGGUUACGGGAACACAAGUAACAAUUUUACUCCAACUCCUACAGUUGGAGACUCUGCUAAUUAUGUGCCUGAACCUAUCAAACCAAGUUAUACGCCAUCUUCAAAGCCUACAUCAUCUGGACCCAGUGCAAUGAAAUUAGGUGGAAAAGUUCGCGAUGUAGAUUCAUUUGUAGAUCAAUUGAAAGAAGAAGGUGAAACAGUAGUUGCCAAUACUAAAUCUACGGACAAUAAGAUUGCGCCUAUAGCGCCACAAAUAAUUAACACAGAACCAGUACAUUUGAGGCAAGAAGAAAAGCUUAAUGUUCGUGUGGGACGUGAUGGUGGAGUUCAAUACUUUGAAUUGCAUGGUUUAGUGACACUUCAUAUAUCUGACGAAAAAUGGGGCCGAAUACGUGUCCAGCUGGAAAAUGAGGAUGCGAGAGGUAUUCAGCUACAGACACAUCCAAAUGUAGAUAAAGAUCUAUUUAGAACACACGGACAAAUUGGUUUGAAAAUUCCAACAAAACCAUUCCCAUUAAAUACAGACGUGGGUGUUUUAAAAUGGAGAUUGCAAACUCAGGAUGAAACGGCAUUGCCGCUUUCUAUUAAUUGUUGGCCCUCGGAAAAUGGCGAAAAUGGAUGUGAUGUUAACAUUGAAUACGAACUUGAGCACACUGAUUUAGAAUUGAAUGAUGUGCUAAUUAGUAUUCCACUACCAGUUGGUUGUAAUCCUAUUGUUAAUGAAUGUGAUGGUCAAUAUACCCAUGCAUCUAGAAGGAAUACACUUGUUUGGUCAUUACCUUUGGUAGAUGCAUCAUCAAAAUCUGGCUCUAUGGAAUUUUCAGCACCGUCCACAACUCCGGCAGACUUUUUCCCACUCCGAGUUUCAUUUACCUCGAAAACUUCCUAUGCUAAGAUUAAGGUCGUUGAUGUGCUUCUUGUUGAAGAUGAAAGUCCUGUUAAACAUUCAGUAGAUACGGUAUUCCUAACAGACAACUAUGAAGUGGUAUAAUUUUAUACACAAAAAUACAAAUAGAAAUUUCUUUGUAUUCACAAAAAUAUGGUAGACCAUAUAAUUAAAGGUGGAUAAUUUAUGAAUCAAUUUUUUAUGCCUAAAUGCAGUCCAAUUUUCAAAUAAAACGAAAAAAAAACAGUUUUCAAUCAUGAAAAUUUAUACAGAUCAAACGUUAAUGGCACUGAUAUCACUUCUUCAUUUUUAAAUGAAAUUGUGAAUAGCUAUAUGAUUUAUUGAUAGUUGAUGAUUUAAGUAGAUAAAAAUAAUAUGUCGUUUAAUGCAUUUCUAUUCUUUUUUUUGUUAAGUAUUAUUUUUAAAUGUAUACAUUAGAAAAAUAUAUGUAUAGCUUAGGUAUCAAAAACAUAACAAGUUAUUUUUAUUAAAAGCUGUAACCUCUUGGAAAUAUAUACAGUAUUGUAUUCUUUUCAUCAUAUCAACUACAAAAAAAUUUAAACUACUAAUUGUUGUAUUAAAUAAUUUUCAAUAACGGCUUUGGCUGUCGAUGAUUUUUUCAAGAUCGCUGCAUGAUAUGCGCUAAUAUUGUGAAUAUUUCUAUGAGUUACAUCAGCACCACGUGUCAAUAACUCGUAACAUACAUGGGGAUGAUCUCCAUAUGCCCCAUAAAUUAAUGGAGUAUUUCCCUCCUGUAAAAAAUUAUUUAAAAUUCAUUUCUUUGUACAUUUAGACUUAAAUAAAUAAUAAUUUUAAACUGAC